AUGAACCGAGGUUUCUUCAUCAUCAAGUUGUUAACACAGGAAGACAAAGAAAAAGUUUAUCGUGAGGGUAAUAAGGAUACAUGGAUUGUGAACGAACAUCCUUUACGUCUGAUCGAAUGGUAUCCAGGAUUUGAUGCUGAUAAACAAUGUACCUCACACUCUACCGUCUGGGUCAAGUUUCCAGGUCUUCCGGUUGAAAUGUGGGUGGAAAAGACGCUGUUAGCUUUAGGAAAAACUCUGGGUACUCCUAUUGUAGUGGACAAGCGAACCCUAAACCAUGAGUAUGGGGAUUAUGCCUCAGUUCUGAUCGAUAUUGAUUUUGCAAAGCUUAAUACAGACUCUGCUUAUGUUGAAGCUGAGUGCAGAAAGAAGCAUGUUACUGCAUUUAAUACGCCACCCGCUACUGUCAGUACAUCGCAGCAAUCUAAUACUCUAGUUAUCCACCAGGGUGACGCUAAUUCAGCAUGGAAAGUUGCAGGUCACAAGAAGAAUGGGAUAAAGUCGUUGAGUACUGUUGCCUUGAGUACUAAGCCAGUUGGGAGUGUUGAAUUGGCAAGAACUAGACUUCCUAAUCCUGGUAGGAUUCAUGUUUCAUCUUUGUCUACACCGGUGUGUGAUGCUCUUGAAGAAAGUUCAGAAUAUAUCUCUCAUAACAAGUUCAACAUUCUGGGUGCAGUUGGUGAGCCUUUGAAUAACCCUCUUUUGGAGAUUAAUAAGGUUGAUGAAGUAGUUAAACGUGCUAAGCAGCAACAGGUGUUAGCUCUUCAAGCAAAAAUUGAUACUUUGAGAGAUAAUGACUCACUGUCGGACUCUGAAGAAUCUGAAUUGGGUAUUCGAGCUCGAAAGGGUUCUUCACCAAGACUAAAAUACUCCCUACAUACUUCUCAUCAAGUAAAGAUAUUUAAAACACAACCCCCCAAAGUUUAA